AUGGCGGGGCUGUACUCGCUGGGAGUGAGCGUCUUCUCGGACCAGGGCGGCAGGAAGUACAUGGAGGACGUGACUCAGAUCGUGGUGGAGCCCGAGCCGGCGGGCGAGGAGGACGGUGGCGGCGGCUCGUCGCAGGCCGGCGCCGGGGCCUCGCCGCCCCUCGGCCGCGGCCGCUGCCGGCGCCGCUCGUCCGUGGCCUUCUUCGCCGUGUGCGACGGGCACGGCGGGCGCGAGGCGGCCCAGUUCGCGCGCGAGCACUUGUGGGGCUUCAUCAAGAAGCAGAAGGGCUUCGCGUCGCCCGAGCCGGCCAAGGUGUGCGCCGCGCUGCGCAAGGGCUUCCUGGCCUGCCACCUCGCCAUGUGGAAGAAGCUGGCGGAAUGGCCAAAGACUAUGACAGGUCUUCCCAGCACAUCAGGGACAACUGCCAGUGUGGUCAUCAUACGAGGUAUGAAGAUGUAUGUAGCUCACGUGGGUGACUCAGGAGUGGUUCUUGGAAUUCAGGAUGACCCAAAGGAUGAUUUUAUCAGAGCUGUGGAGGUCACACAGGAUCAUAAGCCAGAACAUCCCAAGGAAAGGGAACGAAUCGAAGGACUUGGUGGGAGUGUGAUGAACAAGUCUGGAGUGAAUCGAGUCGUUUGGAAACGACCUCGGCUAACUCACAAUGGCCCUGUUAGAAGAAGCACAGUUAUCGAUCAAAUUCCUUUUCUUGCAGUAGCAAGAGCACUUGGUGAUUUGUGGAGCUAUGAUUUCUUCAGUGGUGAGUUUGUGGUAUCACCUGAGCCAGACACGAGUGUCCACAUUCUUGACCCUCAAAAGCACAAGUAUAUUAUCUUGGGGAGUGAUGGACUUUGGAAUAUGAUUCCACCUCAGGAUGCCAUCUCUAUGUGCCAGGACCAAGAGGAGAAAAAAUACCUAAUGGGUGACCAUGGACAAUCUUGUGCCAAAAUGCUUGUGAAUCGAGCAUUAGGCCGCUGGAGGCAGCGAAUGCUUCGAGCAGAUAAUACUAGUGCCAUUGUAAUCUGCAUCUCUCCAGGCAUGGACUGUCAGAGAAAUUUCAUCAAUGAAGAUGAGCUCUAUCUGAACCUGACUGAUAGCCCUUCGUAUAAUAGUCAAGAGACUUGUAUGAUGAAUCCUUCUCCAUGUUCUACACCACCAGUCAAGUCACUGGAGGAGGAUCCGUGGCCAAGGCUGAACUCUAAGGACCAUCUACCUACCCUAGUUCGUAGUAAUGCCUUCUCUGAAAAUUACUUAGAAGUCCCAGCAGAAGCAGCUCGAGGAAAUGUUCAAGCUACAGUCUUACCAUCAAAAGAUCCAGAGGCACUUGAAGAAAAUUGCACUAAAGCCCUGACUUUAAGGAUACAUGAAUCUUUGAGUAACAAUAGCCUGUCGGUUGGUCUUGUACCUACCAAUUCAACAAACUCCAUUGUGGACCAAAAAAAUUUAAAGAUGUCAACCCCAGGUCAAAUGAAAGCCCAAGAAGUUGAAAGAACCCCCCCAGCAAACUUUAAGAGGACAUUGGAAGAAUCCAAUUCUGGCCCCCUUAUGAAGAAGCAUAGACGAAAUGGCUUGAGUCGCAGUGGUGUUAGCCAGCCAGCACACCUCCCUACAACUUCACAACGGAAGAACUCUGUCAAACUUACCAUGAGACGCAGACUUCGGGGCCAGAAGAAAAUUGGAAAUCCAUUACUUCACCAGCACCGAAAAACUGUUUGUGUGUGCUGAAAGGUUUUUGGGAAUUAUCUUUUCCCAAACUUAAAAUAUCAGAGGGCUUUUUUAAGUUGGCAAAGCUGAACUUUUUUUAAAAGGGACAAAAUAAAUCAUAGUAUACAGUUUGACUUUUUGGAAUUCUACAGUUUUGAUCUGGCCUUUAACUUGCUUGUAUAAUUGAUGUGAAUUUUUUGGUGUUAGAAUAUCGUGCUAUAAUGUGUGUAAAUUUGUAUCCGCCACAAAUUCAGUCUCUGAUAUACAAUAAAUGUAACAACAGGGCUAAAUGGUUUUUUUAAACUAAAAGAGUAUUAGAUUUUAGAAAUACAUUUAAGCUUUUUUAAAUGCUUAUUAAGAAAUUUGUAUAAGUCACUUAUAAUAAAAGCUACACAACUUUUUAAAGUAAAUUAUUAAGUAAACUGGAAAAGUGAUGUAUUUUCAUAGUGACCUGUGUUCCAUUUAAUGUUUCUUAGAGACAACUACUGUCUACUAAAAACUAUUUUUUAUUAUUUCAUAAUUCAAAGCUGUUUUCAUAGAAGCAAAUGUAUUGAAUCAUGCAUUGUAGUUGAGUGCUAUUAGUAUCAUUGUCCUAAUUAAAAUACUAUGCAGUAUCUCUUAAUUCAAUAGCAUUUUCUAAAAAUUUUACCAUAUGUACACACUAGGUCUUUGGAGUAGAAGGAGGUGUGUUUGCCUUCAGGAUGCUCUUCUCAGUCAUCUCAAACAUUCAGUGGCAUUAUUAGUUCUUGAGAUAGUUGCCCUCUCCUAGUGUUUGCAUAAAAUAUGUGAAAUUUUCCUUGCUAUUCUAUAACACAUGGUGCUGCUAAUUCCCAACAUUUCUUAAAUUAUUUUAUAUAGCAUACUGUUUUUAUUGUUUAAAUGAAUAUGUUUGCUCAUCUAAUGAAUUAGUAAACUCUGAUGCUGGUGGA